AUGUUCUUCAGGGAAAAAGAAAAGAUCGCUGAUGAUGACGAGUUGUUAACUCCAUCGCAGCACAAGGUACACGGUACACGGUACACGCCACACGCCACACGGUACACCCCACACGGUGCGGUGCGUCGUCUUGGCUGUUCUGUGGCUGGUGUGCAGGUGCUGGACGGGGGUCUGAGGCUGGGACUGUGGCUGUGGCUAACACGGCUCUUUCUGCUGCACCUUGACGACAUCUUGCCGCAGGCAUUGAAGCUUCAGCCGCGCAACAAUAACCAGCCGACUGGCUGCUCCACAAUCAUUGUCAACCAAAAGAAUAGCCGACUGUUGGGCCACACCGAGGAUGCCCUGACGGAGACCCUCAAUCAUUACUAUUUUGUUGACGCGCACAUCAUCAGCGACAAGCCGCAGGGCAAAUACAAUGUCAAGGAGGAGCACUUUAUGUCCCUGUGCUACGCCGGACACUUGCCCGGCUACACCAUGAAUCAGAAUUACCAUGGCCUGGUCUUCACCAUCAAUACGAGCAGUGCGGAGCUGUUGCGCAGUGGCAAGACACCGAGACACUUCUUGACACGAGCCCUGCUGGCCACCAGCAAUGUGGACGAUGCUUUUAGGGUGCUCAGGGACGCAGGUGUGGGAGCAGCCGAUGCCUGCUCCAUUAACUUCAUUAGCGCAGCUUGAGUAAUUCUCGAUUCG